CUUAUUAAUUUGAAUUCUGGUUUUCUGUUUUUGUGGGAUUUGAGAGUAGACCCAGAAAUAGCUACAGCUCAGUUUACAUCAUCCUCAAUUUCAACGAGGAACUUGUCUUCGUUUCAAGGGCUUCAACUAUCAACAGUGAAAGUUAGUCCUUCAGUGGAGCAUUUGGGAGUGGGGAGCGGUCUCUUUCAGAGGGCACUUACGGGUCUGGUUGCUUCCAAGUACACCAACAUUAAGCCUUUGGGUGAUAGAGUGUUGGUCAAGAUCAAAACAGCUGAGGAAAAGACAGAUGGUGGAAUUUUGGUCCCAACAAUUGCUCAAACUAAGCCUCAAGGAGGUGAGGUGGUUGCAACUGGAGAGGGUAAGACAGUUAGGAAGAACAAAGUAGACAUCAAUGUGAAGAUUGGCACCCAAAUUGUGUAUUCCAAGUAUGCAGGGACUAAGUUGGAGUUCAGUGGUUCAAAGCAUCUUAUUUUGAAGGAUGAUGAUAUAGUUGGUAUUCUUGAAACAGAUGAUGCCAAGGAACUUAAGCCCCUGAAUGAUAGAGUUUUAAUCAAGGUUACUGAGAUUGAGGAAAAGACUGCUGGGGCUUUGUUGCUGACAAAGCUGACCAAGAAGAAACCUUCCAUUGGGACGGUGAUUGCGGUUGGGCCUGGUCCUCUAGAUGAAGAAGGCAAUAGGAAACCAUUAUCCCUCGCCCCAGGGAGCAUAGUCAUGUAUUCCGAUUAUGCUAGGAUUGACUUUAAGGGCAAAGACGGUUACGAUUACAUUGCUUUAAGGGUUUUAGAUGUUAUGGCUGUUCUUUCUUAGUUGUCAAUUAAAUGCUCUUAGUAUGUACCUCCAAAAUUUUAUGCAGAAGUGCCUCAAGACAUGGAUUUUGAAUAUAGUUGCACUUUAGUCUUUAGAGUAUGCUGAUUGCAACUUUGUU